CUACGUCUGUUCUGCGUCAUCAAUCCGCGCUAAGGGCACGUUGGGCCCGCUUCGCUCAAGGGAGUCGUUGCUUUGUUGUCGCCGACAAUGAGCUGUGCCCGGUGGGUGGCGUCUGGCUGCCGGUGGCGGCUGUGCUCCGGUGCCCCGCGACCCCUCUCAGCUUACGGAAGAAGAAUCAGUGUCAGAUUUUGCAGCUCAAGAAUGACUUUAGACAAUAUCAAUCGGGCAGCUGUGGAUCGAAUUAUCCGUGUGGAUCAUGCAGGUGAAUAUGGAGCAAACCGCAUCUAUGCAGGGCAGAUGGCUGUCCUGGGUCGCACAAGUGUCGGGCCAGUCAUUCAGAAAAUGUGGGAUCAAGAAAAGGACCACUUGAAAAAGUUCAAUGAACUGAUGGUUGCAUUCAGGGUCCGGCCGACGAUUCUGAUGCCCUUUUGGAACGUGGUGGGGUUUGCGUUAGGCGCAGGAACCGCCCUGCUUGGGAGGGAAGGAGCGAUGGCCUGCACUGUGGCCGUGGAAGAGUCCAUAGCACAUCACUACAACAACCAGAUCAGGACAUUGAUGGAGGAGGAUCCUGAAAAAUAUGAGGAGCUUCUUCAGGUGAUAAAGAGAUUUAGGGAUGAAGAGCUUGAGCACCAUGACAUAGGCCUGGAACAUGAUGCAGAACUGGCUCCAGCAUAUGCCAUUCUGAAGAAGGUUAUCCAGGCUGGAUGCAGUGCAGCGAUAUAUUUAUCAGAAAGAUUCUAAGGAGCACUCACUCUGGGGGAAACCAGAGGCCAUGUGAUGAGGACACUCAGGCAGUUACUCUGUGGAGAGGGCCACAUGUCCAAGAACUGAGGCCCUCUGCCUUCAGCCAUAUUUGUGCAGUAUCUUGGAAGUGAACCCAUUAGCCCCAGUUAAGCCUUCAGAUGACUGCAACCAAUAUCUUGACUGCAACCUCAUGAAAGACCCAGAGCCAGAAUCAUCCAGUUAAGUCAGUUUUGAAUUCCUGACUCAGCAAUCAUGUUAGAUAAUAAAUGUUUGUUUUCAGCUGCAGAGUUCUGGGCUGAUUUGCUAAAAAGCAAUAGAUAACCAAUAUGUAACAUUUGCAGGUGAUUUGGAAGCACAAUAAAGUUUGAGAAGCACUGAA